AUGGGGUUGAGUACUAAGUUAGUUUCUUUUGAUGAUCAUGGGCUUGAUAAUUUGAGCCAGAAUUCUCUGCCAGAACCACCGUCGAUAAGGCGGCAGCCGACACCGAAACCGGAGCCAUUGAAGUGUCCGAGGUGUGGUUCAAUCAAUACCAAGUUUUGUUACUACAACAAUUACAACAAAUCACAGCCUCGCCAUUAUUGUAAAGGUUGUAAAAGACAUUGGACUGAAGGUGGCACUCUUCGUAACGUUCCCUUAGGCGGUGGCCGAAAAAACAAGCGGUUGAGGCCGACUGACCCCGUUGAUCAUAUAAAUAGGAUGGAACGUGUCACAUUAGAGAUGGACAAUCAGAGGUGUCCUUUAAUUAGCAAGACCGUGCCAUCUUCUACCAUAAGGGGAAAUAUUACUACUUUGGAUGAAGAGAAAAAGGAAUCUGAUAUUUUCUAUCAGACACUAAAGUUUCCUUCAACAUCACUACAAUUUGAUCAUACAAUUAGCAAUUUUUCCAAGAGACCUUUCAAUGGAAAUUACAAGGACAUAUUUGCAGGUCUGAAGUUAGAUGGAAAUACACAUUUUUCUUUCUCUUUUGAUACUGUUCCAUGUUCUCUUAGUACUCAAACUUCAAAUGUUUGCAAUGAAUACAUGGGAAAAUUUGAUAGUACAGUGGAGGAGUCAACCAUAACCACAGUCAUGCCAAUUACAAGCAACAGUGAUCUCCUUUCUCAGCCAUGGCCAAUUCCAGAAACAAGCAAUGUUACUGAAAAUAUGCCAAGUUAUAAUUGGAAUUGGAACGAAAUCGACACGUUAAGUACAGCUGAUCUCAAUAUAACAUGGGAUGAUUUAGAGAUCAAACCAUAA